AUGCAGAUCAAUUCCGCAUGGGCUCCCCUCGGCGCUGCGCAGUUCAAGCAGCUCAUCGAAGACAAGUUCUACGACAACGCAGGGUUCUUCCGGUACGUGCCCAAGUUUGUCGUGCAGUGGGGCAUCGCCGCCGACCCCAAGAACAACAAGUACACCGACAUCAAGGAUGUCAAGUGGGGCGUGGUCUCCAACACGGUCGGCACGCUCGUGUACGCGUCCGCGGGCAAUAACACCCGCACCACGCAGCUGUUUGUCAACUUUGCCAACAACUCAUUUUUGGACAAAUUUGGGUUCACACCGUUCGGCAAGGUCACGGCAGGCCUCGACAUUCUUCAAAACAAAACGUACGCUGCGUACGGCGAAGCCCCCGACCAGGACAAGAUCUACGCCGAAGGCGACGCGUACUUGAAGCGCGAGUUUCCGUUGAUCACGCACAUCAAGAAGGCGUCGCUUGUCGGCCGCCCUGGCUGCUAA